UUGUAUUAAUUGUUUCUCUUAUCCAGGCAAAACAAGCACUUUCACAUGGAGAAGUCCCAGUUGGGUGCAUUAUGGUGUACAAUGACAUUAUAGUAGGACUAGGAAGAAAUGAAGUYAAUGAAACAAAAAAUGCGACAAGGCAUGCAGAAUUGGUUGCUAUAGACAAGACCAGAAAAUGGUGUCUAGAAAGAAACUUGGAUGAAAAAAUGGUUUUUGAAUCUACAACACUCUAUGUUACAGUAGAACCAUGUAUCAUGUGCGCAGCUGCACUGCGAUAUGUUGGCUUGCGUAGGAUUGUGUUUGGUUGUGAAAAUGAACGCUUUGGUGGGUGUGGUUCUAUAUUGCAACUUCAUUGUGACAAAUGUUCUUCAAGCAAUGACGCCGUGACAAAAGACAUGAUCCCAGGACUGCCUUUACAGUUUAACUCUGGCAUUCACGCUGACGUUUCAAUUAAACUCUUAAAAACAUUUUACCAAGGCGAAAAUCCCAAUGCUCCCAAUCCCACAGAUAAAUCUAAAAGAAACACCUAACAUCAUUUUUUCAUCAUGCAGUAUGUCAAUGUCACGAUAUCAUGAUACAUGAUAUGGAAUAGUCUCCUCUCGCAGCCGUUAGAACGUUCGUUCCCAGGUCAGACCCCCAAGUGACCUGGGAACGAAUGUCCUAACGGCUGCGAGAGGAGACUAGGUAUGGAAGCAUUCAUACAAUAUCCACGUUUCCAGUUCCUUAAUACUUAAUACUCGAAAUGACAUCAUCACAUCUUAAACUUGUAGCAAAAUCACCCAAUGCACCUAUGCGUAACUAUCCUUAACACGUAAGAUUCAAUGUAGCGUUUAUACAAGAAAACUUUAACACGUUCACAAAUGUGGUAAACAAAGUCUACCUAAAUGCACGUUGUCUACGCAUAUGUGCAUGUGCUUUGUUAUGCACCGCAGUACUCGAACCCAGGCAUUUCUUCUCGGCAAAAACAGGUGGUGGUGACGUUAUGCAAGGUUAGGAACGAGGCUAUACUUGCUUCCCCAGCCUCACUUGGRKGCUAAUUUCCGGUACCCAACAUGCAUUGCCGCCAGACGUGACYGACAGCACGUAAUAUAAUGUAAACAGUCAGCAYCCUAAACAGUUUAGUUUCAAGUAAAGUUCUGUCACCCUCGACUGAGUUUUUAGGACGGCGGAAUGUUCUCUCUCAUCGAUACCUCUUCUAGUCGGGAGAGAGUAGCCACGGCUACGAAAAACGUUAGACCAUCAUUUAUGGAAGUAAAAUUAAGAUAGAUAGA